AGGUUAUUACAGAAAGCAACAUAUUGGCUGUCGCGCGAACUUCCGCCACGCGGCAAGCAUUACUGCGUCUGUAUGCAGGAGACAUUACACGUGCUAAAAUUUUCUGGUUACCACACGUGAGAUCGCACAUUCUCAACAAUAUUACUUCGAUUACGUUAAGGUUAGAAUCCAUUAAAUGGGUCGUAAAGCAAAAUUUGAUGGAUCUCAGGUUCCAAAAGGACCUGGAAGAAAGGCGAGAAAGCAAAGUGAUCCAACCUUUCCAAAAGGAGUUUUAGUCAAGGAAGUAAAUAAAUUGAGUCAUCGGCAGAAACAAAGAAUGAAAAAGAGGUUAUUAAAGAAUCAAAAGUUGAAAGAAGAUGCAAAAAAAUUAUUAACAAAGAAAUCUAAUUCUGAAAAAGAAGAACAGAUACAGUUGAAAAGUGAAAAAGAAAUAUUAAAAUUGAAACAUGUGGCUAAGACGGAAAAAAAGAAAGAAAAGAAAAUUAAGUCUGUUGACAAUAAACACAGCAAAAAUAACAAUAUAGAGAUUAGUUCUGAUAACCAGAUCUCCAAACCAAGAAAUAAAGUAAAAGAAAGUAAAAAGAAAAAGAUGACAAAAGAGAAAAUUGUAACUAAUAACUUAGAAAGUGAUAGUAAUGAUAAUAUGGAAAUUCAGUUUGAUAAUCAGGUCUCCAAAAUAAGAAAUAAAGUAAAAGAAAGUAAAAAGAAAAAGAAGAUAAAACAAAAAGUUGUAACUAAUAAUGUAGAAAGUGAUAGUGACAACAACAUGGCUUUCUAUAAUGAUAGUGAUGAAGCUUUAGUAGAUGAACAAAGUGAAGAAAAUAUGAGUGAUUAUGCUAAUCAGUUGCUUUCUAUAGCACACUCCAAAAAGAAGUUAAAAAAAACAAAACAAGAAUUUGUAAGCAAUAGUGAUACAGAAAGUGAAAUAGCAAUAAGUGACGAGGAAGAAUCUAUUGAUGAAGACAUGGAGCAAGAUGAGGAUGGAAAUAAUAAGAAUGAUGACGAUUUGCUUCCCAUAGAAAAGGCUAAUAAGAAAUUGAUAAAGAAAAAGCAGAAAGAAGAAAAGCUUGCACAAGAAGAAAUGGAUAGUAUGAUGUCUCAGCAAAGUGUAUUCUCUUUUCCAACUAAGGAAGAACUUGCUAAUGUCACCAACUUGAAAGAUAUUCAGCAACGGAUACGAGACGUUAUUAUAGUGUUAUCAGAUUUUAAGAGAUUACGUGACGAAAAUAGGUCUCGUUCUGAAUAUACCGAACUACUUCAACAAGAUUUAUGUACAUAUUACAGUUAUAACGAUUUCUUGAUGCUGAAAUUGAUACAAAUGUUCCCGCUAGACGAAUUGUUGGAAUAUUUAGAAGCAAGUGAAGUACAGAGACCUAUGACUAUUCGCACCAACACUCUAAAAACACGUCGACGCGAUUUAGCAGAAACAUUAAUUAAUAGGGGAGUUAAUCUCGAUCCAUUAGGAAAAUGGACAAAAGUUGGUUUGGUAGUAUAUUCCUCGCAAGUACCGAUGGGUGCAACACCUGAAUACCUGGCUGGACACUACAUUAUACAAGGUGCUUCUAGCUUCUUGCCAGUUGAGGCGUUAGACCCGAAAGAGAAUGAAAGAAUCCUUGAUAUGUGCGCUGCUCCAGGUGGUAAAGCUUCACAUAUCGCCGGUCUUAUGAAGAAUACCGGGGUACUGUUCGCGAACGACGUAAACAAAGAUCGAUUGAAGGCCGUUGUUGGCAAUUUUCACAGACUUGGUAUCGUUAAUUCCAUAAUCUGCAAUUACGAUGGAAGAAAAUUUCCCACGAUUAUGAAAGGGUUUGAUAGAGUUCUGUUGGAUGCUCCGUGUACUGGCACUGGAGUAGUAGCGAGAGAUCCUAGUGUCAAGACAAAUAAGGACGAAAUAGAUAUUCAACGUUGCUGCACGUUACAGAGAGAAUUGUUGUUGGCCGCGAUUGAUUGCGUUAACGCGCAUUCAGAAACAGGCGGCAUUAUCGUUUAUUCUACAUGUUCGAUUCUUCCGGAGGAGAACGAGUGGAUUAUCGAUUAUGCGCUUAAGAAACGUGACGUUAAGCUGCUGCCUAUCGACCUGAAAUUCGGGACCGAUGGUUUCACGAGUUACCGGCAACACCGAUUUCACCCUUCGUUGAAGUUGACUAAACGUUUUUAUCCACAUGUACAUAAUAUGGAUGGUUUUUUCGUGGCAAAACUAAAAAAGUUUUCCAACAUUAUCCCUAAUCAAAAAAAAUUAAAUGAAGAAAUGUCUGAUUAAAAUUUUUAAUAGAUUUUUACAAUAGCUAUAUGAUUUACAUAUAAUGUAUAUAUCAUUUAUAUUUAUAAUAAAAUGACAUGAUAUUGUUAUCUCCUAGGGUAA